AAUUUCCCCAUAAAAAUGUCCAAAUUUAAUUUUAAUAUGCUAGAAGCCGACAAAGGGGUGAAGUCCGUCUCCUUUGGUCCGAACUCCCCGCUGAAGCGCCUCUUCCAGAUGGUUGUGAUCAAGCGCGAGUGUUACGUGAACGAUCUGUGGGAGCUGGUGGGCCACGAGACGGUGUCCACGAGGGAUGAGAAGCGCGAGGAUAUCAGAAAGUCCAUCGACUGGUUGCUGAAGCGACUGGCGGAUCUCGAUGUGGUGGCCUUUGGGGAGCAUCUGGGCAUGCAGAUGACCGAAUUAUAUCAGACCAUUCGCAUGCCCAGGGUAAUCAUUGGAGUGCUCGUCCAUAGUCCCAGCAAGCCAACCAUUCUGGUGUAUGGCAAUUUGGAUGUGGAGGAGGCUGUCGUCUCCGAUGGCUGGGGCACAGAUCCCUUUGUGAUGACGGAGAUCGGCGAGUAUCUGUACGGGCGGGGUGUGGCCAUGGACAAGGGUCCGCUGCUGUGCUGGCUGAACGCCAUUCAGGCCUACAGGGACGCAGGGGUGCGGCUGCCCGUUAACCUCGUGUUCGUCAUCGAGAGCAUGGCCCACUGCGGCAGCCUGGGCCUCGAGACGGUGCUCAAGGAGCGCAUCAGCUUCUUCCGCAAUGUCUCCUGCGUGGCCAUGGCCACUCGCCGCUGGCAGAGCGCCACCACCCCUGGAGUGGUGUACGGAUCCAGGGGCCUGAUCUACUACCACCUGGAGGUGCAGUGCUGCAACCGCGAUCUGAGCAGCUUCGAGCACGGCGGCACCAUCUUCGAGGCCCUGCCGGAUCUCUUCUACCUGCUCAGCUCUCUGGCAGAUCCCCAGCUGAACAUCCUCAUAGACGGGGCCAUGCACGCCCACCCCGUCGACCUGAAUGCCGUGCGCUGUGCGGACUUCAACUACGCUGAGUUUGGGGAGAACCUGAAGGUGCCCCGCCUGCCGAACCGCACAAAGAAACAUGUGGCCCUCGCCGAGAACUGGGCCAUGCCCCAUCUCUCGAUACAUGGCAUCGAAGGGGCGAACUUUGAGGCAGAUGUCCGCUUUGUGAUACCCCACAAGGUGAUUGGGAAGUUCUCCAUUUCGCUGGCGCCCAACCAGAGGCCCGAGGACGUCACAAGGGCACUGCAGAAGCAUCUGGGAAUAGUCUGGCUGCAGCGGGCAUCGCCCAACAAGAUGAUGCUCUGCGAGAAGUUCGUCAUUCCCUCCUGGAGUGGGCGCUGCAACAGUCCAGAGUAUCUGGCCGCCACUCGGGCCAUGACUAAAACCUACAACGUGAAGCCCAACUUUAUACGAGACGGCGGCUCGCUGCUGGCUCCCUCAAUCUUCCAGCGGGUGCUCGACAAGAAUGUGGUGGUGCUGCCCAUUGCGGAGCACGACAUCGGCGGGUGUCCGGUGAACGAACGCAUCUCGGUGGACAACUACAUCAAGGGCUCCCAGCUGUUGGCCGCCUUCAUGUGGGAAUAUGCCCAAGAGAAGCCCGAGGGCGAUUCUGUCCGUGGCAUGUGUAUGCCAAAUGACGGCUGAGCGGCUAAGCGGCGACUCCUUUGUUCUAUGCCGUCAACACUAAAUACUCACGUCAGCCAAUAAAUCCACUUCGGUUCGCAA